AUGUCAAUGAACAAUGCACCAAAUGUAUUCUUGGAUCCAAAUGCAAAUCGGUUUCAAGUUAACAUAAUUAAUGAAGACCAUGACAACAAUGAAACAACCCAAGAGGAUGUGGGCUCUGACCCACCACAUUAUGAAGAAACAUCUUUUACCGAUGAAACACAUAACAGACUAAGAAUCAGUUACAGACCAGGAAAAAGAGAAUUAUAUGACAAUUUCUGUCAAAAUGGGGAGAAAACAGAAGCUAGCUUACAUCCCUAUGAUACUCACAGUAAAAUGUACUAUCUACAAACUUUUGGCCAUAACACAAUGGACCCAGUUCCCAAAAUUGAUUAUUAUAGAAACACUGGCAGCGUCAGUGGGAAUAAGCUCAACAGACCAAGCUUAUUAGAAAUUCAUGAACAACUGGCAAAGAACAUUGCCGUGAGCACCGGCUCAGUUGAGAGAGUGGUAAAUGGAGAAAGCACCACUGGAGAUGAGACAGCAGUCAGCAAGGAAGAAGAAAACAAAACGGGAUUUGUCAAGUUUGGUUGGGUGAAGGGUGUGCUGGUAAGAUGCAUGCUUAAUAUUUGGGGUGUGAUGCUCUUUAUUCGACUAUCCUGGAUUGUAGGUCAAGCGGGAAUUGGUCUUGGAGUAAUCAUAAUUCUUCUGGCCACGAUGGUAACCUCAAUUACUGGGUUGUCAACUUCUGCAAUAGCAACUAAUGGGUUUGUCCGUGGAGGUGGAGCAUACUAUCUUAUCUCAAGAAGCCUGGGCCCAGAGUUUGGUGGAUCUAUAGGACUUAUCUUUGCCUUUGCGAAUGCAGUGGCAGUUGCCAUGUAUGUAGUUGGAUUUGCUGAAACAGUUGUAGAACUUCUUAAGGAGAGCGAUACACUGAUGGUAGAUGAGUCCAACGACAUCAGGAUCAUAGGGACCAUCACUGUGGUGUGUCUCCUCGGCAUCUCUGUUGCUGGCAUGGAAUGGGAAGCAAAGGCUCAAGUUAUUCUUCUAAUUGUUCUCCUUGUUGCCAUUGCAAACUUCUUUAUUGGGACAGUCAUUCCUACCAACACUGAAAAGAAGGCGAGAGGCUUUUUUAAUUACCAAGCAUCAAUAUUUGCAGAAAACUUUGGACCAGAUUUCAGAAGUGGAGAAGGAUUUUUUUCAGUGUUUGCCAUUUUUUUCCCAGCUGCCACUGGCAUUCUUGCAGGAGCCAAUAUCUCAGGAGAUCUGAAAGACCCACAAAGUGCCAUACCCCAGGGAACAAUGCUGGCCAUUCUGAUCACCACAAUUGCUUACAUUGCUGUUGCAAUAUGUGCAGCCUCCUGUGUUGUCCGAGAUGCUACUGGGAACGUAAAUGAUACAAUUGUACCUGGAAUGAGCUGCAAUGGAUCAUCUGCCUGUGGCCUAGGCUAUGAUUUUUCCAGAUGUGCAAGUCAGCCAUGUGAUUAUGGGCUGAUGAAUAAUUUUCAGGUGAUGAGCAUGGUGUCUGGCUUUGGUCCUCUCAUCACAGCUGGCAUCUUCUCAGCUACUCUGUCAUCAGCUCUAGCAUCUCUUGUCAGCGCACCCAAAGUUUUCCAGGCUCUUUGCAAGGACAACGUCUACAAAGGGCUAGAAUUCUUUGCCAAAGGAUACGGAAAAAAUAACGAGCCUAUCAGGGGAUAUGUCCUCACUUUCGUGAUUGCCAUGGCAUUCAUUUUGAUUGCUGAACUGAAUACCAUUGCUCCCAUCAUCUCCAAUUUCUUCCUGGCUUCAUAUGCUUUGAUUAAUUUCUCCUGCUUUCAUGCCUCAUAUGCAAAAUCUCCAGGUUGGAGACCUGCAUUCAGAUAUUAUAACAUGUGGGUGUCACUUUUUGGAGCCCUGCUGUGCUGCGGGGUGAUGUUUGUCAUCAACUGGUGGGCAGCUCUCAUCACUUAUGCCAUUGAGCUCUUCCUAUAUAUUUAUGUAACAUAUAAGAAGCCAGAAGUAAACUGGGGCUCCUCUACUCAGGCUCUUUACUUUGUUAAUGCCUUAGACAGCGCUCUGGCAUUAACAACAGUGGAAGACCACGUGAAAAACUUCAGACCACAAUGCCUAGCAUUAACAGGAGCUCCUAUGGUCAGGCCUGCUCUGCUAGACAUCACCCACAGCUUCACAAAGAACAACGGGCUGUGUAUCUGCUGUGAAGUGUACAUGGGACCACGCAAGCUGUGUGUUAAGGAGAUGAACAGUGGCAUGGAAAAAAAGCAGGCCUGGCUCACAACGAACAAAAGAAAAGCCUUUUAUGCAGCAGUGGCAGCUGACAGCUUCAGAGAUGGAGUCAAAAGUCUACUUCAAGCCUCAGGCUUGGGUAGAAUGAAACCAAAUACCCUGGUGAUUGGAUUUAAGAAGGACUGGAGAAGUGCACCUGCCACUCAAGUUGAGAACUAUGUAGGCAUUAUACAUGAUGCCUUUGAUUUUGAGCUCGGUGUAAUUAUCAUCAGAAUUAGCCAAGGAUUUGAUAUAUCUCAGGUCCUUCAGGUUCAAGAGGAAUUAGAGAAGCUGGAGCAGGAGAGAUUGGCACUGGAAGCCACCAUUAAAGAAAAUGAUUUUGAAGAAGGGAAAAGGGGCAUCUGUGGAUUCUUCAAAAAAGCCAGCACAUUGAAUAUCUCAAAACACGAAACAAAGAAGGAGAGCACCAUUAACACCAUACAGUCAAUGCAUGUGGGUGAAUUCAAUCAGAGGCUGCUAGAAGCCAGCACUCAAUUUAGAAAGAAGCAAGGAAAAGGUACAAUUGACAUUUGGUGGCUGUUCGAUGAUGGAGGUCUAACAAUCCUAAUUCCUUACAUUCUAACUAUCAGGAAGAAGUGGAAGAACUGUAAAUUAAGAAUCUUCACUGGAGGAAAAGUCAAUAGGAUUGAAGAAGAAAAACUAGUGAUGGCUUCACUCCUAAGCAAAUUCAGAAUAAAAUUUGCUGAUAUUAAUAUCAUUUGUGAUAUCAAUAUAAAACCCAACAAAGAGAGCUGGAAAUUCUUUGAAGAGAUGAUUGAACCAUAUCGCCUCCAUGAAAGCUGCAAAGAUAUAACAACUGCUGAGAAAUUAAAGCGAGAGAGUCCAUGGAAAAUUACAGAUGCAGAGCUGGAAGCAUUCAAGGAGAAGAGCUACCGCCAAGUCCGUCUGAAUGAACUCUUACAAGAGCAUUCGAGAGCAGCCAACCUCAUUGUCCUGAGUCUCCCUGUGGCAAGAAAAGGAGCAGUGUCUGAUUACCUGUACAUGGCUUGGCUAGAAAUUCUCUCCAAGAACCUUCCUCCAAUAUUAAUGGUCAGAGGCAACCACAAAAAUGUACUGACUUUCUAUUCUUAG